UACGCGUACGCGUUAUAAAUGAGAAUCGUUGAAGGAACAGUCCCACGAUACAAGUGGGCAACUUUCCCCCACUCCAAAUCUAUUUUUCCUUUCGUCAUUGAAUCAUACGAAACAGUGGGGGAUUCUUGAGAUACGUAUAAUGACGCAUCGACAACGCCAUUCCUAGUUUCCCUGCCGGUGCUCACGUUGCAUCAGUCAAGUUGCAGAUGAAAAUACAGUACUUAAAACGUUCGCCUACAAUCUUUACGCUACUUUGUAGAAUGGAUGCGAAGUCUUUCACGAGCAUUCACUCGAGCCAAGAUGCCGAGGUGUACGACGUUCCUAUGAAAGUUCUCAUCAGGCCAUUACCAUCGGAAGUCAACGAGGAAAAAGUAUUAAGUCUGAUGGAAACUCUGAAUGAUCCAGUGACCCAGAAGGCUGUUCCACCAAUCGAUAUUUUAUGGAUCAAAGGAACUCAAGGGGGUGAUUAUUAUUACUCGUUCGGUGGUUGUCAUCGUUACGCGGCUCAUCAGAGACUCGGGAAACCCUGCAUAAAGGCGAAACUCAUACAGUCCACGAUCACAGAUUUACGAUCGUAUCUCGGUAACUCGACGCCUGAUCUAAAGUGACAAUUGAGAACGUUUACUACAGUGAAAAGACUAAACUUGCCAGACGUUAAUGUAUUUUUAAUAGAUAUUUUUCUAUUAUUUAUUCUCCCCGAAAAUUGCGGAGUUACGAGAAAGCUAUUUAGUACUUAAUGAGCUCACGAAUUUAUGAAUUGAAAUAAUGCAUACAAUUCAUCAAAGAAAUUGUCGCGUUCAUGUCGAUGUCGAACCGUCGAUUCAACGUUGACGAAGAAAAAGAGAACAAAAUCGUCCUGUUUAAUAAUAAAUGAAUCGCGAAAUCAGUGAGUCAACAAUCAAUUUAUUUACGACUCAUUUAAACUUCUAUGAGAACAAAAAAUACAUUUGUAUAUUUAUAUUAAUGCUUGUGCACAUAGCUUUAAAAUUGUACGAACUAAUAAAUUAUGUUUAUAAGA